AUGCCUGAGAACGUCAGUGAGCCAUUGGAGGCAGCCUUUCAUCUCCAAAAAGCAAAACUGCCUGCCGUGCAAUUGUUGUUUUCCUUGAGGUUCUCUAAAUCUAGAUUAGACCUGGUUGAUUAUACUCCCAUUGUGGGCGAAUGUCUCCUCCUCCGGUGCACAAAAAGUCCUCCACCACCACCACCUCCGGCAGUUCGUACAGUUCACCAUAUGUACCUAGUACUUACGUGGCCAUUCGGCUACUGCUCUGGUACGCAGAGGGGGUUGUGUAAAAUGAAUCCAUUGCCCCAGGACAUGACUAUACACGGCAUAUGGCCAGUGGACAGUGCUGGGAACUUUAUCCUUUCUUGUCAGAAGGCCCAGGAUCUUACUCCUGUGUUCAAUGACAAAACGUUGUAG